GAUCACCUAACUUUCAUUCCAGCCCCAUAGUGACUUGAGUUCCAGUCUGGAACAUGUCCACCCUAUUUGCUACAAGCGCUCUUCGGCCCGUAUCUGGUGUGCCCCCACGGGCCGCCGUUGUCCAUUUCGAGGAAGCGCCACCACGUGUAACUCCCGAUGCUGAAUCCUUGAUGCCAUCGCUUUUUGAAAUGAACGCUGUAUACGACCCGACUACUAUGACUGCAUGCUAAUCUCGUAUUUUUGGGUAUACAUCCAUUUGGGUCUGUCAUGUCUCAGCAUAUGUCUGUCUCCAGCAGCAACUGUUAACUUUCAGGCGGAUCGUUUCUACCAGUACUGCGCGAUGGCCUCGCAACUGCCUUACUGGCUCGCUCACGCUCAUCCGCCAACCUUCUUUUUAGCUAUGCUUCUGCAGUUCCUGCGGCCGCGAGUCUGUCCUUACAGCACGCACAGUCAUUGGAUGAUUCGAUCUAUUAAAAUAUUUAACAAGACACGAGGAGUGAAACACCUUGCUGAGAUUUCUCAUAUCUGCCAUAUUCUCAUGCGGCUUUUCAGGAUUCCUAGUUGGCCCUACGAGAAUUUUAAUUCAGCCCGGAAGAAACAUGGGCCACCGGGCCGUACUGAUUUGGAGCUUGGGAGACCCAAACAUUUCGCAUUUACUCUGCUAAUUUUAGCGAAAUUAUUCUCUUCCGAAGGCGUGUUAGGACCAAGAAUGCUGGCAGACACCCGAAACAACCCGACCCGAUGCGCGCUAGUCGGCAGUACAAAUUCAUAGGUCCGCUCUCGGUUACAUGGCUGCAUGAUUGUGGAGCUGAUUCCUAAAACAAGAGUCGAAAUAUGUGAUGCCAGAAAGAAUCGUGAAUGUUGGAUCAAAGAGAACGGGCGAACGGAAAAACUAUGAGUAUGGAAAUGAAAUACAGUGUACUUCGAAUUUCCACGGGAGGAGUGUGGAGAGGUUCUAUUUAUGUUACGUUUCGCCAAGGGCGAUCAGGAAUACUUUUCCGCGUGGUGUACCUUGGUGCGUCACUAGCUCUAAAAGCUUCGGACUUACUAAACUGCCUUUAUUUU